AGAUUUUGGAAAGCUGGCAGUAACAAUGUUGGAUAUGAGCUAUCAGGAGUCCAAAUCUCAAGCUCUCGACUUGUUAACUACACAACUUCCUGACUUCAAGAACUACUCAGCUGUAGAUCUAGCAGUUAUAGGCAGGAACAAAUUUUUCAUUGCCCACCCUUGUUGUCAGAAAUAUGCCUAUAAUUUAUGGUAUGGUUCAAUUCGAAUCCAGAAGAGGAAGAUCGGAUUUAUCGAAAUCCCUGAGGUGAUCAAGAUUUUUCUUUGUUUAAUUUUGAUACUGCCUACUUAUUACUGGAUUGACAUUGUUCGUAUAUAUCGACCACAGACUGUUGCCAAACCAAAGGUUCAAGUCCAUUCAAGUUAUUAUGGGCUAAAAAAUACAUCUCUUGGGGCCAGGUGGAAGAGGGAAGCUCUGCUCAUUGUGAAGCUCUACUACAUCUGGACAGCCCCGAUAACACAGUUCUGGAUAUCCCAGAUUUUCAUCCUCUCCUUCCUGAUAUUGUUCGCGUAUGCUCUGAGUCAGCCAUAUUGUGGAGACCCAUUUGUUCAUAAAGUGCUGAUGGCAUGGCUCAUUGUACUUUUUGUGGAUAAUGUGUACAGUCUUCUGGCAAAGAAGUUUCACUGCGGGGAAUUCCCCAUAAAACAGAAUGUCCGCACGAUGUGUAUGAUCAUCUAUACAUCAUGUAUAGUGGUCAUGUUUCGUGUGUUGCAUUUUACGACCCUGUCCUUCACCACAGUCAAGUUCCUGCUCAGUCUCAGCCUCAUCUAUUUCUUCUAUUACGCCAUGACCCAGUUUUACCCUGUGUCUCAAACGCUUGGACCAAUGCUCGUCAACAUAACCGUGAUGAUGCGGAGAGAUUUAAUCAACUGGUUGAAGAUGUGGUUUCUCACUCUUGUGUCUGGAUCCGUGGCUAUCCAUGCAGUGUUGUACCCCGCUGAAACCUUAGACUUACAAGUGGCAUUCAAAACUCUCCUCAGGGGUGUCCUGGCUCUGUUUAUGACAGAAGUAGAUGAUCUGGAUGGAGAUGCAUGUAGCUGCUUAUACAACUAUACUACCGAGUUUGGAUGUAAAGAUACUGAAAUACCACAAAUUGUUAAGGAUAGUAUCAAUACUUGCCCACAUACCAGCGCAGGGGGCUACUUCAUUGUGCUGGCUUACAUCUUCCAGACUAAGCUUGUUUACAACACUCUCAUCUUUGCCAUCUGUAGUGUAACCAUGGGAAGGACAUAUGUGAAAGUUAUGGAGAUCUGGAAAUAUCAGUUUUUCAUGUUAGUGCAGGAGUUCAUGAGGCGCCCACCUGUGCCUAUUCCGUUUGUGGUGCUAGUCUACCCAGCUGUGAUCAUCAAGGCAAUCCUGAUCUACAUCUAUCAUUGUUUUCUGACUUACUGCCCAUUUUGCAGACCAAGAGAGAAGAAGAACAAGGACAGAUACAUCAGCAGUUUGAAUGAUCGGCUGGUGGAAGUUAUGAACAGUCAGAUUAGUAUGUUCCUCAUGAUGGAGAAUAUGCAGAAUGCUCUGGAAUCUGCCUGUUCCGGUGUGUCAUCCCUGGUUGAGAGCCAGCACACCCACUGCAGGAGGUCACCAUAUCCAGCAACAUCAAUCAGACGAUUUGCAGUGUUUGACAAAUACUUACCCUGGGAGGAGAACUACCCUGAAUAUGACCCACCGAUAUAUAGCCGUCCAAUUGAGGAUUAUGAUGAGGAUAUACGUAUUUAUGUGGACCCUGAUUUGAUUGAAGUGAUGGCAAAGCGCGAGGUGCAGGAUAUAGACACAGAAGUCAAAUCAGGCACAGAGAAAGUUUUGGAAUUUGAACCAAAAUAUAAUGCUGUGACUGAAGACAAGGCGGUCACUGGGGAGAUCUUCACUGCUGACCGGGUUAGCUGGAUUAUAAAGGAUGAUCAGCCUGUCCAGUAUUCUGUGGACGCAAAUGAUGCGCCCAGAAACCCCAUGGGUCGCACUGGCUUGAGAGGCAGAGGCAAUCUCUGGCGCUAUGGGCCCAACCACAUGAUGUUUGCUGUGAUAUCUCGCUGGAAGAGCACCUACAAUACUGAUGGGGUUUUGCAGGGCCCACUGUUAGUUGGCAAUAAGAAAAUGUUGGAGAUCAUGGUUGUGAACAAUCCUAUGAUCAAGGAAGAUUCUCUCCCUGGGGGUUUUGUGAGUGGACGAACCAGCAACUAUAGCGUCAUGUGUGAGGUGUUCAUGCGCGACAUACUGGGGGAGAAAGAUGUCCCUGGCAGUUUAACCUUGGACCAGGAUGAUAUGAUUCUUUUCUUCCGGCAGUUCGUCAGCAGCGAGUUCAUACUCUCGGGGAUCUUGGGUCGUAACGUGGCGGCUUCCACCAGUUUUAGCAGCAAGCUCCUGUACCGAGGCUACAUGGACGACCCCAAUAACACCGACAAUGCCUGGGUGGAGGCCGAGGUGUGGAGCUUCCACUACCACAGCAAAGAUAAGUUUGACAAGAAAAUAGGACAGAGAGAGAAAUACUGGCGAGAUGUGUCUCCCUGGCUGCAGAUAACGGGAUGCCACCUGCCGUUUGUGAAAGAAGUUCAAGACAUGUACAAUGAAUGA